GCAAAAACUCGAUAUACCCAGUAAACUGGUAAGAAAACUCCAUCUACCCAGUCGGCCGCUAACCCUUUGGAAGGUUAACGAGCCAAUGAGAGGCGUUCUCUCAUUUGAGAGUAGGUGCUCUCAUAUGGCCUUUUUGAAGCAAUUGAGCUGGCAAUAUACCAGCUCAAUUGCAUGGCUCCCUCCCUCCUCCGACCCCCUCGAAACACCCCUCGGAAGCUCUCGCGCAAGGCACAAACUCCCCCGCCUCCCCUGCCCCUGCCUCCUACAAUGGCCUCGCUAGCCGAACUCGCUGCCCCUGUCGACAGUAGCGAGUUCCUCGACUUGGACGCUUGGUCCCGCGCCCUGGACGACUGGGCCGUCAAGGAGAAAUUCUCCUGGCGGCUCCAGAGGAGGGACAAAGAUGGGGCAACCGCCGUUUGUCCCGAGGAGGGCUGUGCCUGGCAUGUCCGAGCCAGCCCCGACGAUGAGCAAUGGAAUCCCCCGCAGCCGACCGCGAAAAGAGAGGGUUCGGAGGGAGGAUGCCCGGCGUCCUCGAAGACGCCGGGCUCGCCGGGAUCACAGGGGACUUCUGCCGCUUGGGGCAGUCAUUGCCGCUGUGCCGGACUUGGUCCGCACACGCUGCGGCACCUGCGGCGAGCCUGGGCAUAAUGCCAGGACUUGCCGCAGGCCUCAUAAUUGACCCGUUCUCAUAUGAGAACGGGGGGAGUUUCUAGAUUGGGCUUGGGCGGGUCACGUGGGAUGGAACUGGGUAUAUAGAAUUUAUUUAUUGUUUUACUGGGUAUAUGGAGUUUUUGCCCACAAUUUAAACGACAUCCUAUACAUCAAUACUAUAUAUUACUCUAUGAUAACUAUGGAAGCCAACCCUCACAGCAUCUAGCAAACGGCCUAGCUUGCUAUGCAGAUGGCAAGCCAGCUCUCUAAACCUAUUAGAGAGUCUAUUGAGAGCCCUAGCCCUAGCCUCAACUAGCUUAGCCUGCCCUAGGCCUUAGAGGAUCCCCCUGUCAUACUGACAUUCAUUGCACUCAGUUUGAUAUCAAACUCAAGAGCAAAC